CCGCCGUCUGAUCCACCUCAAUUGAAUCGUACAGCCUCUGUUACACUUCUCAGUUCGCUAUUCUCAUCGCCUCGGUCCAUAUAUCCUUAUCAGUAGCUGUCUCCUGCAGACUGCCACCCCUAAAGAACCACACUAGUCGUUUCACUCUCUGGUUCAUCUCUUGAGAUCGAAUAACGAUUGAUACUUAUAUAUUCUAGAUAUAGUACCACUCUUGGCUCUCCAACUUUACUAUUGCCGAAAUGUCAAAAGCUUAUGUCACCCUUCUCACCAACGAGUCGUACCUUCCUGGAGCCCUCACCUUGGCCCAGAAGUUGAAGACCGAGUUGAAGACCAAACACAAGUUGGUCAUCUUGAUCGAUUCGUCGGCCUUGUCUACUGAGUCGAUCGACUUAAUCAAGCAAGUCUACGAUGUCGCCAUUGCCAUCGACGACGACCUCAUCAACGCUCCUCUUGACAAGCUUGUUCAACGUUUGGGCAGAUCAGAGUUGUCCAUCACCUUCACCAAAGUCUUGUUGUGGAACUUGACCGAUUAUGACACCUUGAUCUACUUGGACAGUGACACCUUGCCUUUGGCUGAUCUUGACCACUUAUUUGAAGAGUACAAGGAUUUGACGGCUGAGCAAAUCGCUGCUUCUCCAGAUGCUGGCUGGCCCGAUAUCUUCAACUCAGGAGUGUUGGUGUUGAAGCCUGAUGCUGAUGUUUUCUCCAAAUUGUUGGAAUUUACUACCGUAGACAACAACACGUUUGACGGAGCCGAUCAGGGCUUGUUGAACGAGUUUUUCAAUGUCGCUUCUGCAGGUAAGAACUGGGUCCGUUUGCCUUACGUCUACAACGUCACUCCCAACUACUCGGGUGCCUAUCAGUACUUGCCAGCGUUGCACCGUUUCUUCAGCUCGAUCAAGUUGUUACACUACAUCGGACAAACUAAGCCUUGGCACGCUGAAGACAUCUUGGGCACGGACUUUGACAACUUGCACCACUACUGGUGGGGCGACUUCAAUAAGUUUUAUGCUAAGGACGCAACGCUCAAGGCUAAGUUGUUGAGCAUUCCAAAAGGAGAAGCUUACAACUUGAACUUUGCCAAAUACCUGAACCAAUGGGAUGCUGAUAAAGAUGCAGGUGCCAAAUUCCACAUUGCUUUAGAAAAAGAUACCCCAGCCCAGCCUCCUCUCUUUCCCUGGGAACAUAAGGAAGAAAGGACUCCUACAAGAGUUUUCGAAUCUCAUGCUCCAGCUGUCGAAGAAUCUUCUGGUGUUCCUAAGAGCAAAGUAGAAGAUGACUUGAGAGAAAGCAUAGAAACCCUAUCUAACGUCAAUGUGUCCAAGGAUGAAGGAGUCAAGAGUCCCCCAUUGCUGCAGAGCUACGGCUUUGGAAAACAAUCCAAGGGCUUCAACCCAGACAAGUCUUUAGCUGAGGUUGCAAAGCUUCCUCUCAAGUUCUUGUCCAAAAACAAGAACAAGGGAGAAGAGAAGUAAUUCUCGUCCCACUGCUCAUUUCCAUAUGUUUACAGCUAUGAAAAUGUUGUUUUUUACACAACAAGGUUGAUUCUUUUGAACUCUUUGUUCGUUUUCAAUUCUGAAUUCCCUAUCCUUAAUUUAUUUGACCUCACACUGACCUUCGAGUCGGCUAUACUUGUGUUUUAGUUUCUAAUAGAAUUAGACGAGAAUGUACUUUAUAAUAUGCAAAUAAU